AUGGUGUUUACUAUCUUCAAGCUUUUGCCAUACGACAUACGGUUACAGGUGUGGGCUAUAGCCUGCCGAAGUGCCCGGAUGUCGGUCAUGUCUCCCGAAUUGAGUGCGACGCUCCGUAAAAAAGGAAAUUCACUUCCUGUACAUAGAAUGAUCCAACAACCGGGAUGCUCAUGUAUUGCCAUGGCAUGCAAAGAGGCCUUCUACGAGUGGGAAAGAGCGACGGUCCUGUUCUCGGAAGGCUCAUCUGUCCGUCUGUACACCUCCAGGACUAUCUUCCUAUUUUCUGACUUAGCGGGCGUAGGAAAAGGACGGUUAGACAGAUACCUUGCUAACCCCGAUGUGAUGUCCAGCAUUCAGCAUACUGCCUUCUUGGUUACGCCAGGCGUCAGUCUACUCGAUAUUCUCUCUAGCCUGUCAAUCCUGCCUUUGCUGAAGACUGUAUCCAUCGUCCUUCCUGGUUGCGAUACAAAGGGUGCGGAAAACGGGAAGUCACCCGAGGCGAAGACUGCGGCUCGAUACUUGACUAUGCUUGCGGACCGCUUGUCCCUCGAGGUAAAUCACGAUACCGCAAAUACGAUUGGGCUCUUCCUCGAAAGCGCUCCCCCCGAUCCCCGAGUCGAGGCAUUCUAUACUGGCCUCGACGCUCCUCAAAUCAAUGUCAUUUUUCCGCAGUGUGACGAAGAUCGUCAACUCGCCAAGAUGGACGACAGGUCAUCAAUGGGAUUCUCUCUGUUUGAGUACAAAUAG